GGAUCCUCUGUGGCUCUCUCUUCUCGCUACCACAAUCAAUCACACGGCCACACAGUGCACGCAGACAAAAACCAGAGAGGGGAAUCUCGAACCUACCGCUAAUAAUCAUCCUGCUUCACCAUUUUUCCGUAGAAAAGAAAGAACCCCCUGGAACUGGAAGCACUCAGAGCACAAGCCAAUCAAACGAGCUGCUGGGUUGGUUUCCUCCAUUCGUUCCGUUCAACAUGGCUCUUCAGGUGUGGAUGGUUGGGGAGGACGGCGAGGACCUCGACAACCACAAGGAGCUCCUGCCUCUCUCCAAGCUCCAAGGAACUUGUCACUUUAAAAUUGGAAAGUUGAUUACCCCGUGUUUCCUGAGCAAACCAUGUGCUGCUACCUGCAAACUUGUUAUAUGUGUGACUGGCAUCCUGCAGUUGAGGCAAUUGCCACUUCGAGAGAUCGAGAUUGGUGUGUUAUACUGGCAUUUGGACCCAAAGAAGUCUGAAAGUGAGGAAGAGCUAGCGAAGAUCCGCAAAGACAGAGGAUACAACUACAUGGAUUAUCUCGAUAUAUGUCCUGGAAAGUUAGCGAACUUUGAGGAGAAGCUGAAGAACUUCUUCACAGAGCACAUGCAUGCCGAGGAAGAGAUCCGCUACUGCUUGGAAGGCGGUGGGUACUUUGAUGUGCGCGACAAGGAUGACAAAUGGGUUCGGAUCUGGAUAAAAGAAGGGGAUAUGAUUGUGCUGCCGGCUGGAAUUUAUCAUCGGUUCACCCUCGACGCCGCCAACCAUGUGAAGCUCAUGAGGCUCUUCCUGGGAGAGCCAGUCUGGACCGCGCACAACCGGCCUCAGGAGGACCAUCCGGUGCGGCAAGAGUAUGUGAAGAGGCUCACAGACGACAAUGCUGGUCUUGCUCUGGCAGCACACUGAAGUUUGUUUGUGAUUCCUCGGCUAUGUAUGUAUUAUAACCACCCAUGGACAUAUACAUACACUUGGAUGAAACCAUGUUGUAAUCUUGAAACCAACAUACAUGCUACGUACUUGUUAUUAUUGACUAGGUAAUUCCCCAUGCGUUGCAACAGGAGCAUAAAUAUUCAGUGGUUCAACA